UGUUGUUGUGAAGAACAGUUUCAUCAAUCAAUAUCAAUGGAUUACUGUAGAGCAAUCAUGAAGAGACAUAAGAUAUGACUCUUGCUGUAUCGUAGUAUUGAACAUGUAGCAGAUUAGUAAAAAAGAAUUCAAACUGAACCGAUACUAUCCCAUCAACCAACCUGCAACGGCAAAAAUUCUAAAGGUGUCGAAGGAGAUGAAUUCAACCUGGCGUGUGAUAGUAUUUCUAAUAAUACUAUGGCAAAUUUGCUACUAUAACAAUCUCUUGGUCCACGGCUGUCCUCUGGAGUGUAUCUGUCUAUCACAAACACAGGUCAUGUGCAACACUGGCUCGCUGCGUGAGAUACCAUUGAAGGCCAUCCCCGUAAAGGUAGAGCAACUGUCAUUCACCAAAAACUACUUCCCAAUCAUCAAAAGUGAUGCUUUCGGAGGAUUGAGAGCGUUACGAAAGCUGUCACUCGACGGCAAUAACAUCACUACUAUUAAACCAUUUGCUUUCCGUGGUUUACCGCGGCUGCGAGAUCUCUCGAUUCAACACACCCCUCUGGCAACAGUUGCAUCAUUUGCUUUUGCCGGGCUACAGAACGUCUCGCAAAUACAGUUGUCGCACAACAAAAUCCUACGCAUCGAAGGGUACGCAUUUGCUGGGGCCGUCAACAUUCGACAGAUACAUCUCGCCGACAACCCAACCGUAACAAUCGAGACGAACGCAUUCUCCAGCCUUAGCAACGUCGAUCGACUCAUCCUACCGUCGGGUAUACGUGCGAUCGAGCCGGACGCUUUCUAUGGUCUCGAAACGGUUGGCUAUCUGAAGCUUUCUUUCAUGGAUCUCGCCUCCCUGGAGCCGUACACAUUCCGGGGUCUGACGCACGUCAAACUGCUCUCUCUGCAAGAAUCUGAUCUAGGUAUCAUACGAGCUGGGGCCUUUGAGGGUCUCGUGCAGGUCGAGCUGCUCAACAUACUCAACAACAAAAUUGACGCCAUCCAGGAGCUCAACAUUACUGCGGCCAAUAGAAUUAGGGUGCUUCGGAUUCAGGGUAACCAUCUGCUAGAAACUCCCGAAAGUGGCUCGAUCGUGCUUGAGGGCAUCGAUACACUGCAUGUAAAUAGUAACUACUUCCCAUGCGGAUGUCACAUCCACACACUCUUAGAUAGUCCCCUCGCCAACGGUACUUACUUGUCACACAAUGGGGCUCCCGCCGGUGACUUCCUUUCCAAGAACUACUGCAUCUCCCCGCUCGAGGUGAACGGGAUGCCAAUGAGCUCAAUCGAUCUAUACUCAAUCGGGCGCUGUUUUGAACAGGUUACACGAGAAAAUCUCGAAGCAGCCAACACAGCCAUAUCAACUAUGCUGCGGGGACAGUCUUGGAACAGGUGGCUGCAAUGGCUAAGUGAACAUAGUAAGCGGUCUCAAGAGAAGACAUUUAUUUCAGUUGUCUCGUCAGCUGUGCGGUUUCUGGCGGCAUCGCCUAUCAUAACAAUUAUGUUUGUAGAAUAUUUAAAAAGUUUUAAC